GACAACCUUGUUCUUUCCAAGGCAGAUCCCUUUCGUUUGCCAAGCGCAAUUGACGAUUUUUCUCCUCUGCUCGAGUCUGUGGGUUUGUAGUUCGAGAGCGUUAGUCAAGUCGAUUUCUGAUAAUCAUUGAAUUUUACAAUAUUUCCUUGCAUUUAACACUACAUACGGUUCCUCAAAGGAUUUAACUUUUUGAGUCAAUUCAAGGCUAUUUUUUUAAAUCAAACGUGCAAAAUGGCGUCCUUCACAUCCUAUUUUGUGCUGGUUUUAGCAUUAGCUGUUAGCUCAGAAGCUUUAACCUGCUACUCAUGCGAUACUCAGAAGAGCAUGGCCUGUGGCUGGGGAAUCGCAUCUUUCACUUAUGAUACAGUGGAUUGUGGAAGUCUGGGAUUUUUGGAUAGCAUUGUUGGACCCAGUUGCGUAAAACUUACUGCCAAAAAUAAGGAAGGAAAAGAAUACAUUCAUAGAGGAUGCUUGGCUGGACCAGCAGUUGGUUGCCAAGCAGUUGCCAAAACUGUUGGAUGGGUAUCGGACCAGAGCAGCAAUAGUCCCGAUAGUCUCAGCGAUAUGAACUGUGAGACUUGUUCCACCGACAAAUGUAACUCAGCCUCCACGCUUGCCGGAUUUACACUCUUUGGAGUAUUGAUGGCUACUUUGGCUUUUCUGUUUUAAGUUGAGAAAACCCAUUGAGAAUUUCAAUGAAAAAACAUCUACAACUCAAUAUUCAACGUCACCCAGGUCAUUUCGAUAAUUAAAAAAGUUCAUUUGUUUAUUUUUGCUAGUCUUGUUUUUCAAUUUUUAAUAUAAGUUGUUACAGCUUCCAAAAUCAUUGUUUUUAGGCCCCUAAAGUAAGAAAGUUUAAAUUUUAGGUACAUUUUUGCUGUGAUUUUUCAAUAUGUAUGUUAGUUUCUUCAUUGUGCUUUUUUUAAAUUCUAGUUUUUAUACGUUUACAGUUUUUCUUUAAUUUGUUUUGUAUUUUUAGCGCACAAUAUAUUGUAAGCCUAUAUGUAUUUUAUAAGGCCAAUCCUACUCUGCAUACAUAGUAGGGCAUUUAAACGUAACUUCCUGCAUUACUAUUUUUGAAAAAUCUCAAAAGUAGGUUGGCCAUUUAAAAUAUUUUCCAUAUUUACGGUAAGAAGAAGUACUAAUAUACCUGUAGCGCUAGACUGUAGUAUUUAGAAGUGCCCUAAUGUAUAAUAUUGAUGUCAUACCAUAUAUCUAUAAUAUUUAUCGCCUGUUUUCCAUAAGCUAUUAGCUGUUAAACUCCAUUAAAUGGAAUAUUUCAUAGUUUAAACCUCAAAGACCAAAAUGUAUCCUAUAUUUUUAUAUUAAGUAUUUCCCAAUCAAUCAAGUUGAUUUACCUCUGUACUAUAAUAUUUGAUAUUGAUAUGGCUGGAACUUUUUAUAUGUCUAUAUGCUGUUUUCAGUCGAAUUAUAUUCAUAUUUUCGGCUUCUUCGAAUUAAUUCUCCAAAAUGUCAACUGUUUUCUCUGUUUAUGCAGUAAAUGUCUCAAUUUAUAUACUUUGUAUAGUUUUUAAGUUACUCUCUAUUUUUGUAUACAUACAAUAUUUUUUUUAUAUACUAGCUUGAUUAACCACCUGUGGAUUGCAGGUCAUUUUUUUGUUUUAUAAAGUUUAUUAAUAAAUUUUUCUUUGCUAAAUA